AUAGACAUUGGAUAUUUACUUGUUUUGAUAUUUGUGAUACGUUUGUGACUGUGAUAGUUUUGCUCCGUCCAUUUAUUAUUUGGUCAACAAUUAUUAGUUGAUUUUUGUUCAAGUAAAACUUUUGACUCAUGCAGAAAAAUUUUGAAGCGAAUUCAGACCCAUCGAAGGGGUCAAACAUUUUGUAGUGUAAUUAAACAAUGGAUGCUAGUUUUUAUUUUGUACCAGCAGAUGAAAACAGUGAAGAAUUAGGUGAUCAGAUUGUGCCAAGUACAAAAUUGACUUUAACUAAUAAGCAGUAUGAAAUACCACAUCCGUUCAAGCCCUCUAUUUUGACUGUAAACGAAAUUAUUUUGAAAGAAGAUAUGGUCAAGAAAAAUUUUGUAACCUUUAUGUUGAGGAAAAUAAUGACUGAUACAUGUGGGAUUACAUAAAACACCAUUUGUGAUGAUUUUAACUGAUUGAUGAAGCUUUUUAUUCCAAGAUUUUCUAAAGGAUUCGAUUAUCUAAUUUCGAAAUACUUGUCAAAAAGAAGCCAUAUAAAGAACCAAGAGCAUGACUGAAAAAGAAAAGUUUCGGGAGUAAAAGAAAAUAUCUAUGUUGUAUAUUGCCAUAUAAAGAACCAAGAGCAUGACAGAAAAAGAAAAGUUUCGGGAGUAAAAGAAAAUAACUUUGUUGUAUAUUGCCAUAUAAAGAACCAAGAGCAUGACAGAAAAAGAAAAGUUUCAGGAGUAAAAGAAAAUAACUAUGUUGUAUAUUGCUGUCAGGAAAACGCAAUGUAUUUCAAAUAAAGUAGAAGAACUUCCAUUUUUCCAGGGUUAUGAGAAAAAUAAUGCUUCAACUAUUUUGUCUGAAUCAGCUUAUAGUAAAACUUCAGGAAAAUGUUUAGAAUAUAUUACACACAACUCGAUUGUUGAUAACAGUUCCAUUGAAAGAGAAAAUUUUAAAGCUAAAAAAGUAAACAUUGAGGCCGAAGAGAAUUACAGUGAUUUUGUGAAGACAAUAGAAAUAUUUCGAAAAAGUUUUGGUGGUUUAUUUUUAAAUGGUGAUUCCAAUUCUUUUACCGAAGAAAGUAAUAUUGUUUCUGAAGCUGAAUUUCCAAUAAAACAAUCCGAAGAAAGUUGCGAAAAGACGGAAAUUCCGAAAAGAAGUUUAGAUUAUUUGGCAUCUGACUCCACAUCUACUCUCCAAGAAUCUCAUAGUAAUAACAAAGAUACAUUUUCUGUACCGAAAAUGUUUAUGCCCCAAACUAGAGUUAAUGGUGCUCCACAUGAUGGAAUGAUUGGUAGUAGUAUAAAUGGUAGUUAUUCCCAGUCUGGGCACUUUGGGAAUUCUCCUUAUUUUAUGGGACAAUCUUCUAGUAACCAAUCUAUGUACAAUUAUUCUGAUACGUCAUGUAGAAUGGCCGUUUCAGCAACAGAGCUUACCCCAAACUUCAACAGAUCGGCUAUUGCAUACCCAAAUGAUAUCAGAUUAAAUUACCAUAGCGCAAAUACAGAAUACGGUACAAACUUUGGAAAUGCAAGCAAUGGAUCUUGUUAUAAUAGCCAUUGUAACGGAAUAGGGUACAAUAAUGGAAACGGUAAUUCCCUUGAAAUGGGUUCAAUUAAUUAUACAGGAGUAAAUUCUAGUUUUCAUCAAAGCCCCAACCAUUCAAAUAAUCCUCUCUAUCAUUCUCAUCAAACUUCAAAGGCAGAUUGUACAACCGAUGUAUUCGCUAAGCCCGCUGCUUUUGGGGAAAAUUGUUCAAGUAUCCGUCAUAAAUUAGAUGGCUCGAAUUCAGUUAUGCCAUCUAGUCAAGAUGCUGUAUCAGUAAAAACUGAACUAGUUCGUAAUCACUGUCCAUUUACAGUCAACGGUGCUAAUAACGGGGUAUAUACUGCCCCAGAACAGCAACAAAUGUUUAUGGGAAGUGUCCCAAUUGCCAAAGACGAUUGCUUUCGAUCUCGAUUACCAUCUGCUGCUGUAAGUGCUUAUCCUAGUUCUCCAUCAAUACCUUCAUCAAGUCUGCAACAUUCUCAUCCGCAUCAACAGUUUUCUGAUCCAACAAGGCAGCCUUGUUUCAGAUUGGGAAACAAUGGCACCACACCAAAUGGCACACCAUAUGAACCACUCACGCCACCUCCUUCAGAACCUAAUACAAGCCCACCUUUAGAAAGUUUGCCCAGGAAAACUCCUCCCCCACCUUAUCCUGCCCCAUUUUCUGGAUCUAAAGGUGCAGGAGAUCAACAGCCAAAAUAUAAUCGCCGAAAUAAUCCUGAGCUGGAGAAGCGGAGAACUCAUUUUUGUAAUUUUCCAGGUUGCAAUAAAGUAUAUACUAAAAGUUCUCAUCUGAAGGCUCAUCAGAGAAUUCACACAGGUGAAAAACCUUACCAGUGUCAGUGGGCUGAAUGUGAUUGGAGGUUUGCACGAUCAGAUGAACUAACUCGGCAUACGCGCAAGCAUACUGGGGACAAGCCUUUUAAAUGUCAGGUUUGCGAGCGUGCUUUUGCACGUUCCGACCAUCUCGCCUUGCACAUGAAGCGCCAUCAGCCGAAACUAAACCGGCCAUCCACUACAGCUUGAUGGGGAAAACUGCUGGUUGUAAAUCGGUUUUAGAAGUGAUCACACGUUAGAAAUUUGUCGCAUUAGCAGAUCAUUGGUGAUUUGUAGUGGAAACUUUCCGGGUGAUGUAAGACAAUUUUCAUCUUUUUUUUUACUAGAUUUUGAAACGUUCAUCUUGACUAUAUUUUCUGCUCUACUUUUGAUUCUACGCUCCAUUAGUAGAAAUAAAUACAAGAAAUGAACUAGCUUACAGUGUUUCACCGUCCGUGUUUACGAACUCUUGCUGGAAAGUUAUUUUACCGAAUUCAGUCAGCAUUUGUUUUUCAAGUAAUAACUUAAAAUGAAUCAUUUUAAGCCAAGGUUGUGUUUUUUUUUAAAAAUUAAAUGAAACUGUUCUGUGUUGUUAUUGUUAAUUUUGCUAUUUGGUUAUGAAUAUUGUAUGACGAACAUUAUUGUUCUUGAAGUGAUAACCACCGCAAUAUGGUGCUCAAAAGUUAGUUUGAGACAAUACCCAUACAUUGUGAUUUAUGGACAAUGAUUUGGUAAUCUUUGAUAACUUUAAGUAAUGUAUAUUUGUCAAAUCAUGUUCCAGAUUUUGUAAUUUUAUCAGCAUCUGAAGGGUAGAUAUUAUUUUUAGGAAAAUUGAAUGUUUCACUGUACAUUUACCAAAAUUCCGAUGAAUUUUUGUAAGUAGUUAUAGCUUGAGUUAAUCUUAAAUUAGCAAUUGUAUUUUUUUCUCCUCAAAAGCACAAAUUUUAUUUCCUAUUUUGAAGCACUUUCACAGUUUUGUGCUUCUGAAUAAAGCAUAUCAAGCUGUUCAUUUUGAAUGGCUUCAUGCAGAUUUGCAACAUAAAGUCUAAAAUUCUGGAUGUCCACGUGCAGCAUUUGUUUAAAAUUGUAUCAUCAUACUCAUUAUUUGUAUUUAUACCAUUACUUUCUUUUUAAUAGCAAAGAUCUCAUUCUUAGUCUUGAUAUGAGAUAGACGAAAAUUAUUAAUUA